GCGCCGCGGCCCGAGCGGAGCGGAGCGCAGCGGGGCGGCGGUUGAGGAGGGGCGCGCUCAGAUUCCUCAUGAAGCAGCAACUAGAAAUAAUCCUUUAGGAAAGUGCUGUACUUUUCAACAUUUGGGUUUUAAUUGGCUGGAAGACAAGAUGCCUAUUUACACAGUUCCUGCCAGGAGCCCUGCUGGGCCACGAUGCACAGCCACUUUGCAGAAGCCUUCCUCACACAAUGCCCUGGCCAACAGUAAAGCAUCUGGGCAGCAGCUGAGGUCACAAGUGUUGGGAGAAAAGGAUGGUCUGCCUUCAUGUCCUCAGAGUAAGACUGAGGAAGUAAAUAGGACCUAUGUGAUUUCAGCUUGUGCAAAAGUGACUGAUGUGUCAACUUCUUUUAAACUGGAAGGCAGAUUAACACUCCAGAGGAGAACUGGAGCAAGCAAAAAAUCAGUGUCUGGUAGUGACACGGCACAGAGUACAGAAGAGCUCCAAACAGAGAAAAGACUUACUCUGCGGAGGCGUGUGAGGACUGGCUCUGCAGAGAGGAGUAAAAUUAAUCAGAAUAUUGUGCCUAGAAAAGAAAAUGAUGAUUUUGAUGCACAAGGAAAUGACAAGAUUGCACUUCCUCAGAAUAAUAAAGGUACAGAUGGUGUUAAACCAAACCUGAAGUUAACUGAGAGUCACUCAAGUACCAAGUUGCAGCACAAUCUGAACAGCAAGGAUGCCUUUGGUUUAGUUGGUGGUGUUUGUGAAAAUGCUAUCAACAUGUGUUUAAAAGAUAAGACAAGUGCUGCUGACAUAAAGGUUCAAACUGAAGUUCCUAAAUCAGAGCGGUUCAUUACCUCAAAAUGUGCUAAUAGGCUGUCAGGAGAACAACUGAAUGAAAAAGGCAAUAUAAAUAAACUAGCUGGAAAGGAAAAGGUACAGCACUUGGUGAUAAAACACAGCAGCUUGGAAAGACCAAGGACACCAGCAGAAGUUUCAACAGAAAGAUUUGCACUUACACCAAAGAACAGCACUUCUCAAGGCCAACCAUCUCUCAAGCUGGCCUCAAAUGAACGAACACCUCACCUACAAAUUUUAGCCAAGAAACUCCCCAGUGUCUCCAGCUCUCUUCUUGUGACCACAAGUUCAGAAACAAAAGUGAACACAGAAAGUUUAGCUGAGAGCAGCAGUGCUGGGGAAGAUGUUUUCAAAGUGAAAAACAGCAAAGUGAUUGUAGCUGUGCGGGUGCGGCCCUUCAGCAACAGAGAGAAAACUGAAAACUCAUUCCCUGUGGUCUCCAUGAGUGGUUCAGAGACAAUUGUGCAAAAUCCAUCCACAAACCAAGUUUACAGUUUCAGUUAUGACUUCUCCUUCUGGUCUUUUGACAAGAGUCAUCCUAAUUUUGCAAGCCAAGCAAUGAUUUAUAAAACUUUGGCACUGCCACUCCUUGAAAGAGCUUUUGAGGGAUACAACGCUUGUCUUUUUGCUUAUGGGCAGACUGGCUCUGGAAAAUCGUACACGAUGAUGGGGUUUGAUGAAGACCGAGGAAUAAUUCCAAGACUUUGUGAAGAUCUUUUCAAUCAAAUAGCACAAAUGGACAAGGAACAGGUUUUGUAUCAUCUUGAAAUGAGCUUCUUUGAAGUAUACAAUGAGAAAAUUCAUGAUUUGCUUGUCUUUAAAGCUGAAAAUGGACAGAAGAAACAACAACUUCGUGUAAGAGAACAUCCAGUGUUAGGACCAUAUGUGGAAGGCCUGACAGUGAAUGUUGUCCGUUCUUACUCUGAUAUUCAGAGUUGGCUUGAACUAGGAAAUAAGCAGAGAGCAACAGCUGCUACAGUAAUGAAUGACAAGAGCUCUAGAUCUCAUUCUGUCUUCACCCUUGUUAUGACACAGACCAAGGUAGAAUUUGUGAAUGAAGAGCAAUGUGAUCGUAGGCUCACCAGUCACAUAAAUCUAAUUGAUCUAGCUGGCAGUGAGUGCUGUACAAAGGCUCAGACCACUGGAGAAAGGCUUAAGGAAGGUGUGAGUAUCAAUAAAUCACUGUUGACCCUUGGAAGGGUCAUUUCUGCACUGUCUAAACAGUCUCAAAAUGGAAAGAAAACUUUCAUUCCUUACCGGGAAUCUGUCCUUACUUGGCUGCUAAAGGAAAGUCUUGGUGGCAAUUCCCAAACGACCAUGAUAGCCACAGUGAGCCCAGCUGCCAGCAGCACGGAGGAGACGCUCAGCACCCUUCGCUAUGCCAAGCAGGCUUGUUCAAUUAUCAACAUUGCUAAAGUAAAUGAAGAUAUGAAUGUCAAACUAAUCAGAGAAUUAAAAGCUGAAAUUGAAAAACUGAGGGCAGCUCAGAAAAGUGCUCUGAACACUGAUCGUGAAAAAUACAGGCGUUAUUUGCAGGAGAUAACAUCUCUGAGGGUAGAAUUGCACCAGCAGGAGAGAAACAUGGCAGAAAUGCAAAGGGCCUGGAAAGAAAAACUUGAACAAGCAGAAAAAAGGAAAUUGGAAGAUAUAAAAGAAUUGCAGAAAGCUGGAAUUGCAUUCAAAAUGGACAAUCAUUUACCAAACCUUGUCAAUCUCAAUGAAGAUCCUCAGCUUUCUGAGGUGCUGUUAUAUAUGAUCAAAGAAGGAGAAACUACAGUUGGAAGGUGUACACCAAAUUCAAAACAUGAUAUCCAGCUUUCUGGAGUGCUGAUUGCUGAUGACCAUUGUGUUAUUAAAAAUACUGUUGGCAAAGUAAGUAUUAUUCCACUUAGAGAAGCCAAGACAUACGUAAAUGGGAAAUGCAUUUUGGACCCAACAAUUCUGCAUCAUGGUGAUCGAGUGAUUCUUGGGGGAGACCAUUAUUUCAGGUUUAAUCAUCCAGCAGAGGUUCAGAAAGUUAAAACACCUUCUUGUGGCACUUCGUCUUUGCAUGAUGGUCCAAAAGAUUUUGAAUUUGCAAAGAAUGAGCUCCUUAUUGCACAGCAAACACAGCUUGAAUCAGAAAUUGAAGAGGCACGACUCAAAGCCAAGGAAGAAAUGAUGCAAAGUGUCCAAAUAGCAAAAGAGAUGGUUCAGCAAGAACUGACCUCACAAAAAGAAGCAUAUGAGAGUAAAAUAAAAUCCCUAGAAGCAGAGGUGAGAGAAGAAUCUCGUAAGAAGCAAAUCCAAGAACUGAAUAACCAAAAAGCCACAACCAAAAUACAGGAGCUGGAGAAGGCAAAGAAAAGCCUUGAGCUAGAACUCCACUUCAAUAAGAAGCGUUUAGAAAUGGAGACCUUAGCUACCAAGCAGGCUCUAGAAGACCAUACUAUUCGUCAUGCAAAGAUAGUGGAAGCUCUGGAAGCUGAGAAGCAGAAGAUUGCUGAGGAAAUACAUGCCCUUCAGAAGAAUCAUGGCAGUGGGAAUAAAUCAGUGAUGGUUCCACUGAACUGGAAGUCUCUGAAGCUGUCUGUGAUGAUUAAAGAGGCUAAUGCCAUUAGCACUGCACUAGGGAAAAACACUGUUUUCUGCAGGCAUGACAAAAUUGGUGAUAAAACAGGAACAGUGUCUUCUAUUCAGGUGCAGGUUCGUAACAUCAAACUGGGAAUAACAACUUUUUGGAGCCUGGAGAAAUUUGAAUGUAAACUAGCAGCAAUGAAAGAACUCUAUGAGAGUAAUGACAGAAAUAAAGCUGUUGUUGAUGUGUUUUAUGAUCCUGCUGAUGAGUGGGAACCUGACCUUUCAGAUAGUUCUAUUUCCUUGCUUUCCAGAAGAAGAAGUAGAAGCUUCAUGAAGAACAAGAGAAUUUCUGGAUGUUUGUCUGAGAUAAAAUUGCAAUCUGGUCAGAAUAAACAGACUUCCUAUAUAUCAGGUUCACUGAACAAGUCCAGCAUAUGCUCAAGCAUUUCUGAAUUGUUUCUUCCUGGAAUUUGCAAGGAAUCUAUAAGUUCAGCUUUAGAUUUGCUGGAACAGAAUCACGAAGGAGGGAAAAGCAUAGCAGAUAGGCUCCUAACUAAUUUGUUUAUAGUUUUUUCUGGAGCAUCUGCCAUUUCCAAAGCCUAUGAACAGCAAGAUGAAGAAUGUCAGGAAAACUUUUUCUCUCUUGAUCGUGCUGCUCAGUCCUACAGCAUCAGAAUUGUCUCUGCUUUUGACCAGAUUGUGGUUAUAAGUAAACUCUGGCUUAAUAAUGUCCAAAAGUGUCCCGGAUCUAGAAAAGUUGACGAUGAAAUGAAACAGGAAAUAAAGAACUUGGGAGGAUAUUUACAGUUGCUGUUGCAGGGGUGUUCUUCAGAUAUAUCCUCGAUGGUAACAGAAGCAUGGAGCAAAGUAAACCAAACAGUAAAACAAACAAUGAAAUACAUAGGACACUUGGCACUAGUCACAACAACUGGUGUUUCAUUUCCUGAAGAGGAGAACAUUCCUGCCUCUAGUUUACAGGAAUUUGUACUUGCCAUUUAUGAUGGAGUAUGCUCAGGACUGGAGUGUCUCAUUAAUGCUGUACAGGAGAAAGCAAGAAUAGUACAGAAGGAACUUGUGAAACAAUGUCCACAAAAUGAGAUUCAAAAUCGAAUAAAGGAUAAUGUGGUGGCAUUAGCCAGAUUCCUUGAAAAUAACAUGUCUUACUGCAGAAAGAAAGAAACAGAAUCUCAGCUGCCAGAAGAAGAGUCUCUAUAUAGAGAAAUAAGGAAGAGCACUAAGAUUGCUGUGAAGUAUUUGGAAUUGGAGCAGUGCCUGACUGAAGUCUGUCAAAUUGUCUCUUCCAUGUUACAAGGGUUAUACAGAAACACCAGCCCUCUCAGGAGCUUUGCAGAAAAUAUUUCUGUCAUUGCUGGAUAUUUUAACAACUAUUUCAGUUUAUUUGCCUUAUCUUCUGCCAACAACCCUAUCCAGAAAAUGCAUGUGCCUUUUAUGAACCUGGAUGAAUUGGACUCUCUGGUUGAUUCCCUCAUUAUGAAUUUUGAACUUGAACAAAGACAGCCAUCACUGCAAUCUCAAAUUAUUUGUAAUGAAACUGCUGAGACUCGAGGAGGACAGGUUGAAACAGGUCAGGUUGAAUUUGCUGGGAAACAGAAUGGGAUUCCAGAAUGCACACAGAAUCCAGAUCUUUCACCUGGUAGGAUAGAAUGGGUAUAAAAUGUUAUUAUCAAGAAAUUAAAGAGAACUCUUUCCUAUUGUAACAUAUCAAAAAAAGCUACAAUUUAUUGCUAAUAUUGUUAGGGAGUGAGUGGUGGGAAAGUAAAAUACCAUGUUUGUAUAACUACCCUAUAUUACACCAAAGGAAAAAAAACAUUCCUAGAGAGGCUGUCAAACUUCAAAAUAUAAUUCCUUUUGUUUUAAUAGAAGUCUAUUACUACCUAAGUUUAUAAAAAUAAUUUUAUUUUUUUUUUAAUUUUUGCUUCACCUCAGCUGCAUUAUAAUCUGGUAAUGCUACUGCAACUUGAAAGUGUUUUUUAUGCCUUUUUUUAAACAGAGCAAAAACUGUAUUUAUUUAUGUAGAGGAAAAAACACAAGCUAGUAAAAGUACUUUACAGCCUUAUUUGAUGAAUGUUUUUUAAAGUGGUUUUUAGUUCAUUGAAGAAUCUGCACUUAAAGUAUCAAUGAUGCUGUUCAAAGUAAUCUGAAGUAAAUUUUUGUUGGGUUUGUUGCUAAUCAGUUAUCCUUUGAGUGCUGAAAUCAUUUUAUGUACUAUUCAUAUUGGAGUAGAAGCAUAUCUGUUCCUAAAUAACAUAUAAAUGAUCCCAGGUUGUAGAGAGCUUCCCAAUCCACUGUUUCCUUGUGCUUGUUAUCAUUGUUUAACAAGCCAACAGUGUUGAGAAAUUCAGAAGGUAAAAGCUAAGGUUUUUCCUAUACAUAAAAGCAUUUGUUGUGGUUUCUGCCCAGCUGGAAGCACCACAAAGCCACUUCCUUGCUCCCCCAUCAGAGGGAGAGACUCAGAAGGGUAAAAGUGAGAAAAUUCCUGGCUUGAAAUAUAAACAGUUUAAUAGGGAAAGCAGAAGCCACACCCACAAGCAAAGCAAAACAAGGAAUUAAUUCACUGCUUCCCAUGGUCUUCCCCGUGGGCUGCACGGGAAUCUCUGGUCCCAUGCCUGGAGCAUCUCCCCAACUUCAGCAUGGAGUUGUGGGUCCUUCCCACAGACUGCAGUUCCUCAUGAUCUGCUCCAGUGUGGGUGCCUUCCACAGGGUGCAAUCCUUCAGUAGCAGCCUGCUCUAGUUUGGGUCCCCUCAGAGUUACAAGUCCUGCCAACAAACCUCCAACAAAAGGAGACCAUGUUCUAGCAUGAUCUCCUUUUUCCACUUGUCCACAGUUCCCUGCCAGGAGCCUAUGGCAUCAUUGGCUUGCCCUCCAUCAGGCCCACCUGUGCCAGUGUGGGCUCCUCCAUGAGCUGCAUGUGGAUCUCUGCUUCCACCUGGGCUCACCCACAGGUCCCAGUCUCUCUGACUUGUGUUCACACUGGGGUUCCAGCAUGUGCAGUACAGCAGCACAGAAACAGCAGUGAUGCCCCAACCAUGUGCCAGUCCCUGUGCAUCACCAUGGCUGUCCCCAAAAUGUCCCCAAGCACAGCAGAGUGAGGGGAUCAGCAGCACAACAGAGGGAAAGCAAAAAGCAGCCACAGAUGAGCACUGCACUGAUGUACUGUAAGGCAUCAAGCCCAGGGCAAGCACAGGAGCAGCCAAAGAGCAAUAACAGCUAUAAAUUCCAUCUAACACUUUCCAGUCAAAGCUGUUAUCUUGAACCUUCUGAGCCCCAUGUUGGGCAUCAGAAUGAACUGUUGUGGUUUAACCUGAGCUGGUAACUCAGCCCUACACAGCUGCAUGCCCACUGCCUCCCAGUGAGAUUGGGGAGAGAAUUGGAAGAGUAAAAGUGGGAAAAAUCAGGGGCUGAGAUAAAGACAGUUUAAUAGGAAAACCAAAGAAUUGUGCAUUCAGGCCAAACAAAACCAGAAAUCAUUUCACUACUUCCUUUGGCCAGGCAGGUGUUCAGCCAUCCCAAGGAAAGCAGGGCACCAUCACAUGUAAUGGUUACUUGGGAAGGCAAAUGCCAUCACUCCAAAUGUUCCCCCAUUCCUCCUUCUUCCCCUCUGUAUACUCAGCAUGAUGUCACAUGGUCUGGAAUAUCACAGCUCUGUCCUCCCCACUUCCCAAGCACUUCCAGCUCCUUCCUCAGCAUGGCAGUACAAGAAGCAGAAAAGGCCUUGGCUUUUGUAACUUCUGCUCAGCAAUUAAAAAAAAAAAUCUCUAUCAUCGUUGUGUUCAGCACAAAUCCAAACAAUUGUCCUAUACAAGCUACCUUGAAAGAAAUCAACCCUAUCUAAGCCAAAACCAGUGCAGCUUCCAAGGUGGAUAUUCAUGGCUCUAAUUUCUCCUUCUGAGGGAAGAUAUUCAACAUCUUGAGAAUUUCAGUCUUUAGGACAUGUCAGGCUCUUGGAACUCUUUGAUGUGAAAAGACUGCAGUAGAAUUAAUCAUCAUUUUCUUUUGCAAAUUUUAGUUAUAAUUGAUGCCGUUAUUCAGUGAUUUUGUGCUUUUCUGAAGCUGAGAAAAUGGGGAAGGAAAUUAUGCUGCUCCAGUAACUCACAUAUGUAUUUCCUAAAGACUAGUACACUGUAGUACUUUCCCAAAAAAUGUGUAGCAGUGCAGUCCUGCCACUAAAACCACACAGCACUAUUUUUGUGGCUAAUAAUUUCCCUCUCAUGUGAGGUGUGAUGCUUAAUUGCAUUCUUACUGUAAAGGCCUUUGCAAGUUUGCUCAAGGGUUAAGAAAGUAUAUUCAGUUGUUCAGAUUUUUAUGCUUUAAAAAUGAAGAGAAGCCUGAUGUAUUUCUACUUGUCUAAAUGUGUUAUUUUGUAUUUGCGUGAAGUUUUUAAAAUGUAUCUGGUUCUUCUGUAUUGUGUAUCUAAGCAUGGGAAAUGUAAAGAGUAAAACUACAUCAUGAUACAUACAUUGUAAAAAUCACUGAUUUUUGCAACUUCAAAUGUAAAUUUCUUGUUAAUUUUC